GGGCCAAUCAUAGGGCAGCGCGUGAGAUUGUGGACACCGGUCACUGGUGCUGGGCUCUGCAGCUUAGACUACAGCCUCUCGGCCAUGGCCUCGGAAAAGUCUCAGGAUAUAGUCGUCACCUGCACCGCACCGGUCAACAUCGCGGUUAUCAAGUACUGGGGGAAGCGAGAUGAAGCCCUGAUCCUGCCCAUCAACUCCUCUCUGAGUGUUACCCUGCACCAGGACCAGUUAAAAACCAUCACAACUGCUACCAUCAGCAAGGACUUCACAGAAGACCGCAUCUGGCUUAAUGGUCGAGAGGAGGAUGUAGGGCAGCCUCGGCUCCAAGCCUGCUUGAGGGAGAUUCGACGCCUGGCUCGGAAGCGGAGGAGCACCGGAGACGGGGAUGCACUUCCUCUCAGCCUCAACUAUAAGGUGCAUGUGGCCUCAGAGAACAACUUCCCCACUGCUGCAGGCUUGGCAUCCUCAGCAGCGGGCUACGCCUGCCUAGCCUAUACCUUAGCCCGGGUCUAUGGGGUUGAGGGGGACCUCUCUGAAGUGGCUCGGCAGGGCUCAGGCAGUGCAUGCCGCAGUCUUUAUGGGGGCUUUGUGGAGUGGCAGAUGGGAGAACAGGCAGAUGGAAAGGACAGCAUCGCCCGGCAGAUAGCCCCAGAGUGGCACUGGCCCCAACUCCGAGUCCUUAUCCUUGUGGUGAGUGCCGAGAAGAAGCAGAUGGGCAGCACCGUGGGCAUGCAGACCAGUGUGGAGACCAGUACCCUGCUCAAGUUCCGGGCUGAGUCCAUUGUGCCUGAGCGAAUGAAGGAGAUGACCCGCUGCAUCCAAGAGCGGGACUUCCAGGCCUUUGCCCAGCUGACCAUGAAGGACAGCAACCAGUUUCAUGCCACCUGCCUCGACACCUUCCCACCCAUCUCCUACCUCAAUGACACGUCCAGGCGCAUCAUCCAACUAGUACACUGCUUUAACACACACCAUGGGCGGACAAAGGUGGCAUACACAUUUGACGCGGGUCCCAAUGCUGUGAUCUUCACCCUGGAUGACACUGUGGCUGAGUUUGUGGCAGCUGUGAGGCACAGUUUUCCCCCUGCGACAAAUGGAGACAAGUUCCUAAAGGGGCUGCCGGUGACGCCUGUUCUUCUCUCUGAUGAGCUGAAAGCUGCUCUGGCUAUAGAACCCAGCCCUGGUGCGGUCCAGUACAUCAUUGCCACUCAGGUUGGACCAGGGCCUCAAGUCCUAGACAACUCGAAUGCUCAUCUGCUAGGCCCAGAUGGCCUGCCACAGCAGGACUCCUGACUACUUCAUGCCCGAUCCCUCGUGCCAUUGAAGAAGGAGUUGCUCACCGGGGCUAAGGGAGCUGAAGUGCUAACUGGCCAUGCCUGUGGGGUUACUUGAUGAUGCUGUGCUGGGGGACAUGGAAUG